CUGGUGGCAAAUGUCUGGGCAGAGUCUCGUCUAUUUAAAACCAGCCAAGCAGGAAUCCUAAUGCUGCUGCGGGAGAGGAGUCUUUGGUUUAGUUGGUGAAGUCGAGCAGGAAGUCUCCCCGCAGAACUACUAUGAGGCCAGAAGCCUUGCUGCUAUGUCUCACACUGCUGCAGUCCGCUGGGGCCGCCUUCCCAGAAGAUUCUGAGCCAAUCAGUAUUGCGCAUGGCAACUAUACAAAACAGUAUCCGGUGUUUGUGGGUCAUAAGCCAGGACGGAACGCCACACAGAGGCACAGGCUGGACAUCCAGAUGAUUGUAAUUAUGAACAGAACCCUCUAUAUCGCUGCCAGGGACCAUAUUUAUACUGUUGACAUAGAUACACCCCACACAGAAGAAAUUUACUGUAGCAAAAAACUGACGUGGAAAUCUAGACAGGCUGAUGUGGACACCUGCAGAAUGAAGGGGAAACACAAGGAUGAGUGCCACAACUUCAUCAAAGUUCUUCUCAAGAAGAGCGAGGACACACUGUUUGUCUGCGGAACCAAUGCCUUCAACCCUUCCUGUAAAAACUACAAGAUCGACACUCUGGAACCGUCGGGGGAUGAGUUCAGUGGGAUGGCCAGAUGCCCGUAUGACGCCAAACACGCCAACAUCGCACUGUUUGCAGAUGGAAAACUGUACUCGGCCACGGUGACGGACUUCCUGGCUAUCGAUGCGGUCAUCUACCGCAGCCUGGGAGACAGCCCCACCCUGAGGACCGUCAAGCACGACUCCAAGUGGUUGAAAGAGCCAUACUUUGUCCAGGCGGUGGAUUACGGGAACUAUAUCUACUUCUUCUUCAGGGAAAUCGCUGUGGAAUACAACACCAUGGGCAAGGUCGUGUUUCCCAGGGUGGCCCAGGUGUGCAAGAACGACAUGGGGGGGUCCCAGCGGGUGCUGGAGAAGCAGUGGACCUCCUUCCUGAAGGCCCGGCUCAACUGCUCCGUGCCCGGCGACUCGCACUUCUAUUUCAACAUCCUGCAAGCCGUCACCGACGUGAUCCGCGUCAACGGCCGAGACGUUGUGCUGGCCACAUUUUCCACACCUUACAACAGCAUUCCCGGCUCGGCGGUCUGUGCCUAUGACAUGGGGGACAUUGCCAACGUGUUCACCGGGAGAUUCAAAGAGCAGAAGUCCCCAGACUCUACCUGGACGCCCGUUCCCGAUGAGCGAGUCCCCAGACCCAGGCCGGGUUGCUGUGCUGGUUCCUCGUCCUUAGAAAAAUACGCCAGCUCCAGCGAGUUCCCGGAUGACACCCUGAACUUCAUCAAGACGCACCCGCUGAUGGACGAGGCCGUCCCCUCCAUCAUCCACAGACCCUGGUUCCUGAGAACCAUGGUCAGAUACCGCCUGACCAAAAUCGCCGUGGACACGGGCGCCGGGCCUUACCAAAACCACACUGUGAUCUUCUUGGGAUCCGAGAAAGGAAUCAUCCUGAAAUUCUUGGCUCGGAUCGGAAAUAGCGGCUUCCUGAAUGAUAGCCUUUUCCUGGAGGAGAUGAGCGUUUACAACCCAGAAAAGUGCAGCUACGAAGGGGUAGAAGACAAGAGGAUCAUGGGAAUGCAGCUGGACCGAGCCAGCAGCGCCCUGUACGUCGCGUUCUCCACCUGCGUGAUAAAGGUCCCUCUCGGCCGGUGCGAGCGGCACGGCAAGUGUAAAAAAACCUGCAUCGCCUCCAGGGAUCCGUACUGCGGCUGGCUGAGGGAGGCGGGCUCCUGCGGGCAGCUGUCCCCGUUCAGCAGACUGGCUUUUGAGCAGGACAUCGAACGCGGCAAUACAGAUGCUCUGGGAGACUGUCAUAAUUCCUUCGUGGCCCUGAAUGACAUUUCAACUCCUCCACCAGAUCAUGAAAUGUCUUACAACGCAGUGUAUGGGCGCACCAGCCCCCUCUGGCCCAGCACCACCUCGUCGGGCUCGGCGGCAGGUCGAGAGGGGUUCGAGUCUAGGGGAGGCGUGCUGGACUGGAAGGACUCGCCGGCGUUACCGGGCAGCUCAGACCCCCUGGGGGCGGUGUCCUCUCACAAUCACCAGGACAGGAAGGAUCACACCGGCGGCCGGCGCUGUAGAGAAGCCCAGGCGCUCCGCUCUGCCCGGGACGGAGCGGACGUGGACGCGGGCAGAGCCUCGUGA